GUCAGGGUAGGACGUGGCAGAGUGCGGAGGGAACGAGACAGUGCGGCAGGGGACGGGCGACUGAUCACUUACAGCUGGGAAAAGGCUCCGUUGUUUCGAAUAACCGAGACGAGCUUCUGCAGGUUGCGCGAGAUCAGAGAGUGUGGUGAGAGAUGCGGCCUUCGUGCUACUGCUAGAGCCCAGGCGCAGCGUUGGCUGCUGCGAAUAUGAUUCAUUCGUUGGGACCUCGGAUGUCGGUGGUGUCAGAUGCAAUGCUCGGGUUGGACUAGAGCGGGAACGCGAGAGAACGUACAGCGAAGGAGAGGAGAACCCGGUGCGCGAUCGUCCCGUAAACUUGAGGCUGUCUUGAGCGAGGGUAUGAAGGAGACCAGGAUCAAAAUUUCCGCCGCAAUGGGGGUAGCAGCAGCAGUACUGCGUCCUAAAACCGGAAGGACACAGAGUCACUGUCUUGCGACAGUGCAGCGAUCUUGUAUGAUGUUGCUCGAAUGAAAGCCGCUACUGUGGGCUGAGCUGUGGAGAUGGCAGCGCUCGUGGGAACGUUGGGCGCACUGUUGCGGAUGGUUGUCCUAUGUUUGUGGUUGCAUAUUCCUUAUCCUGUCCGAGGGCUUUCGACCGACGGCCAAGUUUUGCUGGUUUUCAAGGCCAGCAUGCAGGACGUGGAUGGAGUGUUGGAGAACUGGAAUGCCGCUGAUGCGACUCCAUGUUCGUGGAACGGAGUCACCUGUGAUCAAUCUUCAUCGGUAGUGGAACUCAAUUUUCACAACGCCAACCUCACAGGGCCAGUGCCAGCAAUUCUUUGCCAGCUCCCUAAGCUCAGUAAGCUCAAUGUGUCGUGGAACUACUUAGUGGGUACUAUCCCAACAGGAUUUCUGGAGUGUGCAGCGUUGGAGCUUCUCGACCUAAGCUACAAUCUGAUUGUCGACGUUCUCCCUGUCGAUAUCUGGGAACUGCCAUCGCUGCUCGUUUUGAACCUGUCGUACAAUAACUUUUCCGGACACAUCCCCGAAAGUUACGGUAAAUUCCCGAAACUUACGCACCUCGAUCUUUCAGCAAAUCUUCUCGAGGGCAGUAUUCCGUCUCAUAUCGGGAACGUUAGUACGUUGGUGCUGUUCGAGGCGCACAUGAACACCUUCAACAGUUCAUUGCCAGUCGAGUUGGGGAAUCUGAAGCACCUGGAAGUUCUAGGAUUAUCCUGGUGUCUACUGCAAGGAAACAUUCCUGCUUCACUGGGGGAGACGAACUUGACAGCCCUGUAUCUCGAAGAUAAUUCUUUGGCCGGAAGCAUACCCCCUGAACUUGGCAAGCUGAAGCGGCUCGUCGUGCUUGACCUCUCGAACAAUUCUCUGACAGGCGGCAUUCCGCGCGAGCUGAUGUUUCUUCCGAACCUCAGGGAGUUGCAACUAUAUCAGAACAAAUUAUCUGGACAAAUUCCUGCGGAAUUUGGGAACCUGACAUCCCUCGUGGAGAUAGACCUGUCUGAGAACCAGCUUGUCGGCCCUAUUCCAGAAUCAGUUUCGUUUCUGACUAGUCUGGAGCUCAUUCACUUCCACACAAAUUCGCUCAAUGGUAGCAUUCCGACCGGGAUAGGUUCGCUACCCGGACUGUAUGACCUGAAACUUUUCAACAAUCUUCUCACAGGACAGAUUCCAGCUAGACUUGGUGAGCCUUCGCGGCUCCAAACGCUCGAUGUCUCAAGCAAUUCCCUGGUCGGGUUGAUACCGCGCGGUCUUUGCACUGGUGGCGCUUUGGACACUCUGAUUCUAUUCGACAAUGAGCUAUCAGGAGAUAUUCCCGAGGAUCUGGGGUCCUGCCCUUCUCUUCAGAGGAUACGUCUGCAGAACAACAAGCUGAAUGGGAGCGUGCCCGUGGGGUUGUGGAGUUAUCCCCUCGUGAAGCACGUGGACUUGUCAAACAAUGAACUCGACGGGGACAUCACUUUUGAGAAAGUGACUACGUCUAUGUUGGAAGCGCUGUAUGUGAACAACAAUCUCUUCAGCGGAAGCUUUCCAACACAAGUCGGCAGUCUUGCCAACUUGAUUAUCCUUAUCGCCUCCAACAACAACUUCCAUGGAGAAUUGCCGAAGGAGCUCGGAGAUUUGAACUUUCUCACCAAGCUGGAGCUUGCGAACAAUGACUUGACAGGGCCUAUUCCAACCUCACUUAGCCAAUGCGAAAGAUUGAGCACACUGAAUCUUUCAGGAAAUCAACUGGUAGGUGAAAUUCCCUCCGUGCUUGGCAGCUUACCCGCACUCAACGUCCUCGAUCUCUCUCAUAACAAGUUAAGUGGGCCUGUUCCUCCCGAACUAGGCGAGCUCCAUUUGUCUGAUUACAACUUCUCCUACAACAACCUUUCUGGGGUCCUUCCCGAACCCUUCGCGGAAUCGCCGCUCGAAUCAAGUUUCGAUGGAAACCCUGCGCUAUGUUUGUCCAGCGCGGGAUGUGGUGGGAGCAGGGUCAAGAAAUCUACGUCUUCUGCUGGGGUCGCGUGGGUCGUGAUCGGAACAUUUGGUGCGGCCUUGACCAUUCUGCUUGUCGGGGCGUGUCUCUUCUGGAGAAAGUACCGCACAGCUUAUCAAUACUGGAACAACAAGGAUCCAGAUCUGACAUGGAGCCUCACUUCAUUUCAGAAAGUGAGUUUCACCGAGGAGGAGGUGAUGGAGAGCUUGGAUGAAGACAAUGUUCUCGGAAGUGGGGGAUCAGGGAAGGUCUACAAAGUCACGCUUAGCGAUGGGCAGGCCGUGGCUGUGAAGAAGCUCUGGACUUCACCCAAAGGCGAGGCUAGGCAUGACAAUGGGUUCAAAGCCGAAGUUGAAACUCUCGGGAAAAUCAGGCAUCGGAACAUCGUCAAGCUGCUGUGCUGCUGCACAAAUCAGAAGUCCAAUCUCUUGGUGUAUGAGUAUAUGCCGAAUGGCAGUGUCGGGGAUAUUUUGCAUAGUCCGAAGACUUCUUCCAUUUUGGAUUGGCCCACUCGAUACAAGAUAGCUGUCGGAGCGGCUGAAGGUCUUGCGUACUUGCAUCACGAUUGUGUACCGCAUAUCGUGCAUCGGGACGUCAAAUCAAACAACAUAUUGUUGGAUCUCAACUUCGAGGCUCACGUGGCCGAUUUCGGCCUGGCGAAAUUGUUGGAGGUGACACCUGAGAAGCUGGAAUCUAUGUCUGCCGUAGCAGGGUCGUUUGGCUACAUAGCUCCCGAGUAUGGAUACACUUUGAAGGUGACGGAAAAGAGCGACACGUAUAGCUUCGGCGUCGUUCUUUUGGAGCUCGUAACCGGGAGGAAGCCUCUCGAACCCGAGUUUGGAGAUGGGGAUAUCGUGAAGUGGGUGACCAAGAAGAUUGAAACUAAAGCAGGAGCCUUGGAAGUCCUCGAUGGGAAAAUUAGAGCUUCCGCGCAGGAGGAUAUGAUGUUGGUUCUGAAAGUCGGCCUUCUUUGUACAAAUUAUUCACCGUCUCACAGACCUACCAUGCGCGAUGUUGUGCAGAUGCUAAUGGAAGCCUGUCCAAAGACUCAGGGUGUUAAAUAUAAAAAAGAAUCAGCACCCACUAAAUUUUCUCCCUCGCAGCAACCCAGUGCUCAUUCAGCUUUGUUUGCUUCAACCGCAUGUAAAUGGGACGGCAGGAUCUGAUUUUAGUGACGAGGAGAGUAGUUCUCUUGUGCUUUAGUUCUUGUGUGAGGAUAUAUACAUAUAGAGGCUUCUAUGAGCACAUGAUGUGUACAUACUUUGUACUCACGCCCAUAUAUAAACUGCAGUCGUUUUCC